GUCACUUCCGGCCCGGGUCGUCCCCCCAUGAGUAGCAGCAGCCCGGUGCAGAGUUCAUCCAGAGCAGUCGCAGCCAGUGGACACUAGCCGCUUUCAUUUCUCCAUUUUCCUGUGGAGGAGGAAACGAGAGCAACGACAAUAAGCCAUAUUUUCUUUUUACGUACCUCCUUGUUCCUUUGACUCAUGCUGCUCAGCUUCUUAGCUGAUAUUUGCUUUGUGAAUUAACUCCAGUAAGAGGCGCUGGUCAGCCGCUCCGCGCAGUCCAAGCCUUCUUUCCGUUUCUACCACUUUUCCCCUCGGUGUUAGCUAGCUAACUGACCCAGGCGACGGUAACUCUGACCCGCCACCCGCACGCCGACAUGCCGGAGUACCUGGACGACCCGUCUGUGCUCACCAAGGACAAGCUGAAGAGCGAGCUGCUGGCUCACAACGUGGAGCUCCCGAGCGGUAACCCGAACAAGGAUGUGUAUGUGCAGCUUUAUCUCCAGAACCUGACCGUUCACAACAAGAAACAUGUCACGGCCACGACUCUGGACGCCUUCUCCAGCGACGAGGAGCUGCCGCCGCCCGUCGUCUCCAGCAGAAGUCGCUCCUCUGGCAGGAAAGCCACCAGGAAAACAGACAAGGUUCUGCCAGACGAGCUGGAUGUGACCCUGCUGAGCGACGAGGGCCUGAAGGACGAACUGCUCAAGCACGGAGUGGACGUGGGGCCCAUUGUGGCGUCCACCCGUAAGGUCUAUGAGAAGAAGCUGCAGAGGCUCCUGGAUGACGGUCCUGCACAGCUGCCUCAGCCAAAGCUGGUUCUCACUGAGAUACAAGUCAACCACAACCAUAACGGCAACUCCGAAUCAGACCUGUACAGUGACAAGGAGGAUGAAGUGGCAGCCCCACCAGAAGAACCAGAACCUGUGGCAGAACCUGAACCAGAACCUGAACUAGCUCCAGUGGUGGAGAGACCGGUGAGGAGCAGAGGGAAGACGCCCGUCACCACCCGCACCCGCAGCAGCCAGCACCAAACGAGAGACCAGUUGAUGGAUGAUGAAGAUGAAGAAGAGCCUGCCCUGCACGUAAAGCGCAGAUCCAGGAGGUUGUCCCAUAGAAUGCAGAUAGUGCCUGAGGAUCUCAGGCCUGUAUUGACAGAUCAGGUCUCGUCGGAGUCCAAAGGGAGGGUUCAUCACAGACUGGACAGUCCAGCUCGGGCUGAACCUCCCUCUACUUCAUCCAGACCUGCUCAGCUCCGAGAGGAAAAGCCACAGCUGAGUCUUCCUAAACUCAGCAAGGAUUCAUCUCACAAGCCAGUCGCUCUGCUCAACACCGCUCUGCUAGAGGAACCUGAGUCAAGUAUCAAACCUUUACGUCCAGCAGCUGCGGCAGGCUCUUUCAUUUGUACUAAACAGAGUCCAAGGCCAGUUGCCAAGCCAUCGUGCCCUUCCUCCCCUUUGGUUCAACUCGCCAAAAUCGAUGCAGUCACCUUUAGCCCCAUGAGUAACAUCUCACCCAUUAAGAGACAAGAGAGCCACUGGUCAGACCAGUUUGGAUCUAAGCCCGGUGGUGUCUCUGCAGCACUGGAGGAGUGUGUCCCUCCAGAUGUCCUGCUGCAUGAAAGGAGGCAGCAGAAAAUCACCAGCUUCCUGUCCACAUGCAGCCCUUUGAAGACGCUCAACUGCACGUCCACGCUGUCCAAGGAUGUGUUAGUGAGACAGGUUGAGAAAAUUGCAGCCAGUGAGCAAGCCCCCAAAGUGGAGGAGACUGACAUUCUGAAGGAGCUGUUCCCCAAUGACAUCAAUAGUCCAACAGGAAUCACCGCCACCUGUCGACGACCCAUUAAAGGAGCUGCCCGGCGUCCAAUCAAGUCCAGUGACCUGUGGAACAACGAAAACUUCCUCUUCUCUCCAAAAACCACCAAGACAACCAGCUCCUCCUCCACCUACACAGAGAGCUGCAUUGUCAACAGAGUCAGCAGCCUGCCCCCCUCUGCCUCUUCUACCUCCACCUCCUCUUUCACUACCACCGCCACCUCCCCUUCCUCCAGGCUUCUGUCUGCAGCUCCCCCUGCAGGUCAGACCAAAGCAGCGCCCCGCGGCAUGUCUCUGUGGAUAAAGCUGUUCCUGCUGGCCAUUGUGGCUGCAUUCCUGUUCCUGGUUUACCAAGCCAUGGAGACCAACUCCAUCAACCCUUUUGGCACCUCAGACACAGAAGUGGCCAGCAGUGGCAGCACAGCAUAGAGAGCACAGGAAGAAUCUGAGGGAGAAACAGAAGCCUGCCUGCUUCUAUUUUUUCUUUCUUUUUUUCCAAGUGUGAAUCUGCAUUGUAGCCAUUUUGUUCCUGGGCGCUGUGAAAUCAUCUGACAUCUUUGCCCUUUUUUCCUCAAGAUUUUGUCUUUUUCUUUCAAUUUCUAAAUCAGUUUUCAGUGAAUACCUUAAGAGACGCAACUUAGCCGUUUCAUUGACACUUCAGUGAUCUCCAUGACAUGUUGUGAAAGGACAGUGCCUCCCGUGCCGUCGGUCUGUGAGGUUACGACAAAGCCAGCCACACACAGUAGCUUUCAUAGAAAUAUGUGAACUCACUUUUUAUUGCCAUGUUUUUUUAUGUCAUGUUUGCUUGGUGCGUGUGUGUACGUAUGUUUGUAUUGAAUGCGUGUGGUUGCGAUUUUUUUUCACACUUUGCCUUAGUGUCUGUCUCUGUUGGUCAUUAACAGCCUUGAAGAUGGAGUUUGAACCUGUAUUUUUGUUUUGUACCUUACUUGACCAUCUUUGUUAAUGAGACAGGGAGGCUUGUUAUUAUAAUCCAAAUAUUUCUGAAUAUUCUUAAACCCAAAACCAAUAUUUUCUUAAUGUUCUCUUCUAAUAAACAGAAUGUCCCUAUGUAUUCUACUUUAUUAUGUAUUCACUGUCACAAAUACUGAAUAUCCACUCAAUAAAAUAUUAUGUUGUUACUGUGCC